UUCAGGUUAGGUUUUUCAAUAUUGAGUCUGUAAGAAAGACUUCAAAUGGCGAACAGGAUGACAGGGGGGAGGCCUUACUUUGCAAUAAUAUUUGUGCAAUUCCUAUUGGCAGUGAUGAAUAUGUUAACUAAGACUGCAUUUAAUCGUGGCAUGAGCACCUUUGUCUUUGUUUUCUAUAGACAAGUCGUUGCUUCUGUUUUUCUAACACCAUUGGCUAUCAUCUUUACAAGGAAAACAGAUGCUCCGAAGUCAUUCAAAAUGCUUAGCAAAAUUUUCAUGCUUUCCCUUCUCGGAUUUCCAAUCAAUAUGAAUCUACAAAGCGUUGUCAUCAAUUACACAUCUGCUACUGUGGCAUCGGCAGCUCUGAAUCUUAUGCCGGUGUUUACCUUCUUACUAUCUGUUUUGCUAAGGGGAAAAAGGAGAGCAAAUUAUAGAAGAAAAGGCGCCUACUACAACACCUACACCUACUCUUGCUCGUAGACCUAAAUAGCAUUUCUAUCAAGAAAUAAUCUAGAUAUUUGAUCAACUUGAGUCUUAUUUUUAUCAAUGAUUUGAUAAUAUUGAGACUCGCUUGGACUAGAUGGACUUUAGAUAUAAUGAAGAUAUGGGUUGGAUUAGUAGACAAUUUAAUUUUCUCAAUAGUCAAGUAGCUACCAUAAAGAGCUACUUUACU